AUGCCCCCAAAAAAGUUCUUCAAAGGCAUCACCUUCGCAUUGUCAGGAAAGCUGGCGCAGACACAGAAGGCGUAUGAGGAGUUGAUUCGUCGUCAUGGCGGAGAGGUUUCCUCCACCGUGACGACUUCUGUGCAGUUCCUCGUAUCUACGGACGAAGAUGUGAAGGCCAAUUCGCAGAAAGUGGCUUUGGCCAAGGGGCGAGGAACACCCAUCGUACAAGAAGGCUUUUUGGGGUGUUGCAUAGCAGCGAAGUCGCUGCUCGAUCACUGCACCUUCCUCAUCAAGGCAUCUGAUCCUGCAAAAAAGCGGGAGGUGCCAAAGGCCUCCACAAGCCCGGCUAAGAAGGCCAGGCUAGCGAAGGACGAGGCCGAGCGGGGUUCUUCAGCUGCUUCCUCCGCGUCUGUGGCAUAUGCCACGACGGAAGCCCCAGUGAUCGCAAAAAGCGGUCUGGGAGGCAAAGCUGCUGUCGUCCAAGAGCAAGCGAAGAAAGGUUUGAUGAUGAAGGGCACUCUGACCUGGGAUGUGGAGCUGGUGUUGAACGAUCCGGCCAAGGGGACGGACAAGUACUACAACAUGCAGCUCCUGGCGAGCAUUGAUGGUUCGGAAUUCUGGGCGGUGCAGCAUUGGGGAUGGACAGGCCUAGAUGGCCGUGUGCACGUGGAUGGUCCCUUCAAAGAGCUCCAAGCCGCCAAGGCAGUCUUCCGGAGGAAGUACCGUCAGAAGACAGGCAACGUUUGGGGCCAACUUGGCAUGACCUUUGAAGAGCUGCCCGGCAAGUACAGGCUCGUGAGCCUUGAACCAAGCGGCAGCGGCCACGCCAAGGGCAGGUGGCAGUUCUACAUGCACAAUGCCAUCGAUGGCAAGGAGGUCGGCUGGUACGACUACGAUGCCACAGCUGCCGAGAGACUGGAGAAGUACUGGCGUCAGUUCUGUGACCACCCUGACCUGAAGCUGGGAGUGCGGGUGAUCCACAGCGACUACUUUGCCUAUGAGAUCAAUUUCAAUGAGCUCUGGCAGACAAACAUCAAAACAGGAACUCGUCGUGCCAUUCGUCGGUUCACGGACGGAGAGGUCCCUUUGGACACGCCUCCACACCGAAUUCCUGAGCCAGCGGCGCCUGCAAAGGUUCCGGAUGUGAAGGAUGACAGCGCAGAGGAUGCGUACUGCCGAACCGUUCCCUUGGCCUUCGCGAUGGCAGGUAACAGCAAAAGGCGGCAUGCAAAAGUGGGCUGCUGCUUCUGGUCCAGACCUGCGGAUGCAGGCCGUGACGAUGACUGCGAAUCUGACCAGGGGAUGGGCGAUGAUCUGAGCACGACAGCGAGCAGCUGGAUGAACACCAACUCAGAGGCAGGUAGCUCUCUGGCGACAAUCGUAUCCACUUCCGAGUUUGCUAACGUGCAGUCAGCGGAGAACCUGCUGAGCGAAGCACCCAAUGAGACACAGCCGGACCUAAAGCCGGGAGUACCUCCAGAUUCAGAGGUGCUGACAGCAUCCGGAGAUUGGAGCACUGAAGCAAGCUUGCUCGCAUGGCCAAAGCUACAGCUGCAGGCAGCCAGCAGAUUUGUCAGCGCAUGCCUCAUCAAGCGCGAGCUUGCUGAUGAUCCCGACAACGUGCCAAAGAUCUAUCGUGAGAUGGAGAUGGCGUGUGGGACGGAGCCCCAAGUGGCCGUGUGGCUCGGGUUCGGGGCCGCGUGGCUCCUGUGCCUGUGCAAACACACCGAUGAAAAAGCACUUCAGCAGUGCUUCGCUGCAGGAGAUGCGCUUUCUUCGCGGCUAAAGUUUGUUGUGCGGCCGGUGAAGGUGCCUUUGCCUGUUCCUGCCAAGUCGCCGAAGGAUGCAGAGUACGUCGGCCCGUAUUUCGGAAGUGGAGCCUGUGUGGAUGAGACCAAAAUGGUGGGAGACGUGCCGGUGUACAGUGUCAGCGUUGACCUGUACUCCAAUUGGGUGGUGAAGAUGGCACUUCAACUCAUCGGCAUUCAGACUGGGAACUGCAUUGAGCUCCUUCUCGUUGACUGGCCGCAGCAGGCUGUCAUGGCCGGCUUCAGGCUCACCAUCACGGCAACGUUCAAAGAACAGUUGGGUCGAUGCAUUUCCUGA